GAUAUAUUUCUCGUCGUUGGCGGCGCCCGUUUGACCGUUAAGCGUCAAAACCCCUGGACGAAGAUCCCGGCGUUGUCCCUAGCAACCCGCCUGCGACAACACAGCAAACAACGCAGCGACUCGAGAAGAUAACGUAAAGAACAUGAAUUCCGAAUUCCCGAGGACAGCCAGCGGUGUCGAUAAUUUAUUUGUGUUACGGAGUACAAAUUUUCGGGAAAGGACUUGAGAGUCUCAAGUUGCUCGAGAUUCCUCUCCCUCCCUCCCUCUCUCCCUUCCCCCCCCACGCAACGCUUAUCGACCAGCGAAGUGCUAGGUUGCGAACUGCGAAAAGGAUAUUUCAACGGGGUCUAUGACCUCAUGGAAAAAUCAUAACUGACCUUUUGUCUGAAGCUAAUUGUAACGGCAACGGAUAAAUGGAGCGUUUGACGAAGGAGAGUCUCGACGGUUCCAUCCACUCCCCUGAUCUCGAUCGCAAUUAUUUCUUCUCUGGUGAGACGAAUGAGGAUGGUUUGAUUUACCCGCCCUCGUCGGAAGAAGGGCCUGGAGGCAUCCCACCGAAAGAUGACUAUAACGAAGGACUUGUGAGCGACAAUGGUGGAAGGAGGUCGCAUCGAUCGUCUAUAUCUUCGAUCCCGGGAUCGGUGGUGGUGCAUCCGCGCACAGACAUGCACCAUCAUGGUGAAAAUGAUCUUCUUCCCGGUUCUCUAGCCGGAGGCGCAUCCGGCUUGAACAAGAAGAACAAACCGCAUCCUUUUAUCACGCACGUUCGAGACCGAGAAUCACCCUUUCGACACCCGAGCUCCGUACGUGCAAUGCAGAUGGGUGACGAGGAUUCCGAGCUAGAUGCGCUGUCCCCUUCUUCAAUGACGUUGAAGGCGCGCAAGCAACGUGGACCUUUUCGCGGCCAGUCACCUUGUAUUUCAGAGAUGUCGAUGCCAAUGCGAUCGGGAACAGCGUCGCCUUCGUCGUCGGCGAAGAAAUACUACCGCUCGCCGCAUACUAGGUCGCCGCAGAUGAUCGUUCAGGAAGGAGUGAGAAAGGACUACCCUUUGGUACUGUUACAUUGUAACUUACUGGCCCCAUCUUUGUCGCUGCCGCCCCGGCUAGGAACUCCCAGCCCAGAACUGUUGAGGGAGGUUCUCCCGGAUGUAUAUUGGCGAAGGUGGAAACUUCUUGAGGAUAAAGUUGUGGGCUCAGGAGUAUUAAGGGAUCGUGGGGUGCUUAUAUCCCACCCACAGGAGGCCUACGACGUUCUCGAGGAAAGACUACUGGAGAGCCUGGAGCUGAUCCGGCCAAGACUGGCAUACGGCCAUUUCUUCGGCUCCGAGGACGGCAAGGGCAGCAGUGGCGACAAUGAUAGCGAUGAGGAGUCGGAAUGUGUUAUUGAUGCCGGAGAAGGCGCCAAAUGCCGUGAUUGCGGCCACACUGUCCUCAAGAAUCCAGAAGGCGGGGAGAGGAAAUGGGAAGUUAGAAUUUAUGCCGCUAAUGGAUUAAUGAGGGCGGGCGCAUGGGCAGCGGCCUGGAAGGAUAUGGAGAAAGUUGACGUGGAGGUUGGAUUGUGGUUGCCAGUGGAUAUCAGGCGAGACCUUGAGCGAAGGAUGCUUGAAGAAGAAGCUUUUCGAAUGGAAGCUGAACUGCGUUCUAUCGAGGAGGAGAAGAGACGAAAGGAGGUUUACGGUGACGCCGGGUGUCCAUCCCAAGAAGAGAUCGAUGGAUACAUGGAUUCUCUCGACGCUGGAAUCCCUGGGGAGGAUCACCAGCAGCAAUCAUCCGCCCACGCGCCAUAUCCCAUUCAAUCGGAUUCAAACGGUGUGGGAUUCUUAAUCAAAAAGUUCCAAAAUAUGGAGUUCCACGCUCUUGUCACUCAUUACAAGCGGGUAUUGUUCCGCGAUCCUGUCGUGACGCUCAUCGCAGGAGUUCUCCUUGUCCUCGCCGUCACAUACGGACCAUCCCGGGCUCCAAGCAUAGCGCCUGCGAGCAGUGCUCCGUCUUUCUCUCCUAACAAUGUAGUGACGGUGACUGCAACACACACACCUGCGGCCUACACUACGACUGUAUUUACGUCAUCACCAGCGAAGAGCAAGUGGCCACACAGCCCCGUUAUCCCAGCCGCAACAGUUGCAGUCAAUUGCUCGAUACCCACAGGUACUCUUAUCGCAGCUGAACCAUCGUCGGAACCAAAAUCGGUCCUCGACAUGAGACCUAUGUCGCAGGGAACUAACGGUCAAGAAGGAGAUGAGCCAUCUCCCAACGCCGAGUCAUGCAGCGAUGAUAAGUUGGAUUCGCUCUCCUCUGCUCCUAAAAUGGAAGAGCCGGCUUAGGGCUGAGGGCCCUGGGGGAAGAGAUUCACCCGCCUAAUCCGGUUUGAAUGCUGGCUUCGGGGAUCCCGGUCCAAUGUGGCUGUUAUAAGCUCUAUGGAUUUGAUUUGUUGGAUUUUCUGGGACGAUAUCGAAAUAAUGUAGCGA